AUGGCCGCCGCGACCACUUCCGCCCCGGAUAUGGGCGCAGUCACCACCACUCUACACACCAACGCCAACCUGGCUGCUGUUGCUCCCAUGGGCCCGAUGCCCAGCGCUGGUCCUUACGAGACAUCCCCGUCCCAACCAACUCCGCAUACUCUUGCUACCGGUGCGCCGUGCCAGAAGUCGCACCGCAACUGCAAGUAUGCGGCAGAACACGACUCGUCCAUGCUGUCAGACGGCUCCGAUGCCGAGAUCGCUGAUGUUCAGCGACCCCCCAAGAGGAACUGCCUACCUGCGACAACGCCCUCGGGACCACAGCCGUCGGAAUCCUCCUUUGUUCCCCUGCGCAAUGGAGAGCCGACAGGCCAUGCUGCUCUGGAGGAACUGACGUCGCGACUGGACCGCUUGGAGAAGCAGUUCAUGAUAAAGAGCCCUGCGGGCACGGAAUUUAGCGGAACUGGUCAGCGUUUGCCGCUAUCAGCAGAAACGAUACGAGGGCUGACUGUCAAGAGAGGCGCCCUACGAACACGGUUCUUUGGUCAAAACAGCGUGCGCGUCUUGCUGAAUCUGGUAACUCUCCCAGGCCCUGAAUACCUUCAGAUAGCACCCCUAACCCACCCUUCCCAGUUCGAUGACGCCAAGGAUUUCAUGGCAAAUCAGUCCAAGAUUGAGGGUAUCCGAGACAUCAUGUACGGCCUGCAAAUACUCCACAAGCGGGUUCAGGAAGAGUACCGAAAGUCCUUGUCCCCAAUAUCUGUCUUUGCCGACUCUGUCAUUCCGGUUCAGAAACGCAUGCAGGAUAUCCUUCCGAAGAAGGCGGUAUGCGACAGGCUACUGGCCUCUUACAUCGACACAUCCGAAACUAUCUACCGAAUGAUACACGUACCCACAUUCAAGGAACAACACGAACUGUUCUGGGAAGGAAAGUUGCCGGGCGAUGCCUUCCUGCCUCAGCUCCUGGCGGUCUUGUCUAUCGGUUCGAGGUUCGAGACGAAAUCAAAGGGGCUCGGCCAUGAGCGUGUGGAAGGCGUGCACAUCCCAACAGCCUGCGCGCUUGUCAGGUCGUGGCUGGACGGCCUCAAGGGCAAACAGCUGGUCGAUUUGACGACAUUGCAGACAGAGAUCCUGCUGGUGCACGCGCAGAGGAUGACUACCCCGCGGCCGCAAGAUUCGUGGGCUCAGUUGGGGUACAUCGUGCGCAUGGCCAUGACCAUGGGCUUGCACCGAGAUCCGUCUGAAUUCGAGCCCAGAGUACCGGUUUUCUUUGGGGAGCUUCGAAGAAGGCUGUGGUUCACUAUCCUCGACAUGGAUUUGCAUUUGUCGCUGGCUUGCAACCUUUCUUGUCUUGUGCGCGAGGGAGACUUCACGUGCAGGCCGCCCCGGAACCUGGACGACAGCGAUCUCUAUUUCGACAUGAAGGAAUUGCCGCCAAGCAAGCCCAUCGACCAGCUUACCGACAACCAGAUGCAGGUUUAUGCUGCGAUGACGCUUGGCGUCCGAAUGCAAGUGGCGCACCUGAUCAACCGCGUCGAUUCCAUCCGGGACUACAGCGAAGUCAUCGAAGUUGGGACGAAGCUGGACCGGUUCUUGGAAGACAUUAACUAUCUCUUCCCCCGCCAUGGCAUUCUCAACGAGGUAGAAAAGAGCAAGCAGUGGAGGUCCAGGGUCAUCCUCGACAUGCACGUGCGACGGCCGUUGCUGGCCCUCUACCGCCCGUUCGCCUUGGGGUUGCCGGAUGCGCCGUCACAGAUAUCGAGGGCCUACCUGCGAUCCUCCAUGGUCAUAAUGAGGUACCUCGACGAACUCGAUCCGCUGCUCAGCCACUUCCAAGACGUCAGCGAUAUGUACCACAUGGUGCUGAAGAAGGACAUUCUGCAGGCAGCUUUCAGCGUGUGCUUCUACAUCAAGGCUGCCACCGAAUCGCACGUUAACGGCAACACGCUUGGAAUCGCCUCUACCGUGGCCAUGUCUCCGGAUCCGAUGGACGACGGCGUUGCUUUCAGCACCGAGACGUUUGCGCUCUGGUCGCCCUCGCGCCUGAUCAAGACGGUCGAGAAGACACUCAACCUGCUUGUCCGCAACGUCGGCGGCAACGAUCUGAAGGACAUCGUCGCGCUUGCUGUUGUGCUGGCCUCCGUGCAGUCAAUGAACCAGGAGCAGAAGUUGCAGGACAUCCGACGUAGCCUGCAGGGCGUCUUCGACGCGUGCAAAGCCUCCACCAACACGAACCCCGAGAAGAUGUCCCUGCAGAAUCCAGCCGAUUCGAUGGAUCCCUACAUGCAGACGAGAGCGCCAUUCAUGUUCCAUGCGAAUGCGUCGGCGGCUGCGGUAAGUGACUACGGCGGCUGGGUUCUGUGGGACGGAUGGGACUGGGCUGAUGCAUGGUCGGCAGACUCUGGAUGA